AUGACUUCGGCGAACGACUACGAGCAGCUGGAGCUGCAGCAGCAGUACAGCCGCAUCAACGUCCGUUGGGACGCCUCCGACGAUGAGCUGGACAACGACAACAGCUCCGCGCGCCUCUUUGAACGCUCCCGCAUCAAAGCCCUGGCAGACGAGCGGGAGGCCGUGCAGAAGAAAACCUUCACCAAAUGGGUGAACUCGCACUUGGCUCGGGUCACCUGCCGCAUCUCGGACCUCUACAUGGACCUCCGGGACGGGCGGGUGCUCAUCAAGCUGCUGGAGGUGCUGUCAGGAGAGCUUCUGCCCAAGCCUACCAAAGGCCGGAUGCGGAUCCACUGCCUGGAGAACGUGGACAAGGCGCUGCAGUUCCUGAAGGAGCAGAGGGUGCAUCUGGAGAACAUGGGCUCCCAUGACAUCGUGGACGGCAACCACCGCCUCGUCCUUGGCCUCAUCUGGACCAUCAUCCUCCGCUUCCAGAUCCAGGACAUCAUCGUGCAGACGCAGGAGGGCCAGGAGACACGCUCUGCCAGGGACGCGCUGCUGCUCUGGUGCCAGAUGAAGACGGCAGGGUACCCCCACGUGAACGUCACCAACUUCACCUCGAGCUGGAAGGAUGGGCUGGCCUUCAAUGCCCUCAUCCACAGACACAGGCCCGAGCUGGUUGACUUCCAAAACCUGACCAAAUCCAAUGCCCGACACAACCUGGAGCACGCGUUCAGUGUGGCGGAGCGGCACCUGGGCAUCACCCCACUCCUCGACCCCGAAGAUGUCUUCACGGAGAACCCAGAUGAGAAGUCCAUCAUCACCUACGUGGUGGCCUUCUACCACUACUUCUCCAAGAUGAAGGUGCUGGAGGGGGAGGGAAGGCGUCUGGGCAAGGUCAUUGAGCACGCCAAGGAGACGGAGCGGAUGAUCGAGGGCUACGGGGGGCUGGCCUCCGACCUGCUCACCUGGAUCGAGCAGACCAUCGCUUCCCUCAACAGCCGCAGCUUUGCCAACUCGCUGGCUGGAGUGCAGCACCAGCUGCAAGCCUUCAGCACCUACCGCACCGUGGAGAAGCCCCCCAAGUUUCAGGAGAAGGGUAACCUGGAGGUGCUGCUCUUCACCAUCCAGUCACGGAUGCGAGCCAACAACCAGCGUGUCUACACCCCACAUGAGGGGCGCCUUGUCUCCGACAUCAACCGGGCUUGGGAGCAGCUGGAGAAAGCGGAGCACGAGCGGGAGCUGGCACUGCGCAACGAGCUCAUCCGUCAGGAGAAGCUGGAGCAGCUGGCACGGCGUUUUGACCGCAAGGCAGCCAUGCGGGCAGCCUGGCUGAGCGAGAACCAGCGGCUGGUGGCCCAGGAUAACUUCGGCCAGGACUUGCCGGCAGUGGAGGCGGCUAAGAAGAAGCACGAGGCCAUCGAGACGGACAGGCGCCUGCAGUCCAUCGAGGCAGUGGCGAAGGAGCUGGAGGGGGAGGGCUUCCACGCCACCCAGCGCAUCAACGCGCGCAAGGAUAACAUCCUCCGGCUGUGGGAACAGCUCCAGGAGCUGUUGGCUGCCCGGCGCCAGCGCUUGGAGAUGAACCUCGCCCUGCAGCACCUCUUCCAGGAGAUGCUCCAUAGCAUCGACUGGAUGGAUGAGGUCAAGGUGCGGCUGACAUCGCCUGAAUCUGGGAAGCACCUUCUGGAGGCGGAGGAGCUGCUGCAAACCCACCGGCUGCUGGAGGUGGCCCUGCAGGCAGAGAAGACACGGGCCAUCAGCGCUGCCGCCCUCCGCUUCGCCGACACCGAGGGCUACCGUCCCUGUGACCCCAGAGUCAUCCGGGACCGUGUGAACCACCUGAAGCUGUGCCGGCAAGAGCUGCAG